AUGCUUUCAGAAGAGAACUUGUAUUCGACUUUCAUCGAUAAUGUGAUGUCAGGAGGCACGUCAUACUUCCUUGGGUACGAUGCUUAUGAUGCCAAGAGAGGCAGCAAUAUGGGGCAAGUAGAACAGCAACCACAGCAACUUCUGGACGCUAUCCUUGGGAAUGCUAUUAGCAGGGUGAAGAACCUAUUAUCAAGGGGUGUUGCAGAUCCGAAUACAUGUUUGGGAAUUGGUCCAGUGAACGCUGCUUCAAAUAACGAUGCGGAAACCCCAUUAGUGGAGACCACUAGCAAUAAUGCUAUCAAGAAUAAUGGUUUCAAGGCCUUUUCACCAGCUCAGCCAACAAGGAAUACUUCGAAAAUGGUCGAACAGAUGAAAAGUAUUGAUAAAGUGUUUAAAUGGACUCGGGUAUUUGGCAAUAGUCCAACCUUGAUUCACAUUGCGGUUUUGAACAUUUAUCAUCGCCAUACGCGAUCACGAGAUCUUGAACGAGCCUUGGGGAUUCUUGAAUUGCUAUUGGAACACGGUGGAGCUGUGGACUAUAGAUCAAUGAAUAUCUACCUCAGAUCUGUUGCGAUGGCUUCUAAUCCUUUGGACUUUGCCAUUGGCCUGCAGAAAAAGGCUUUGUAUCAAAAAAAAGAAAACCUGGCGUUCGCCAUGACGCAAGCCGUUGGGAUUCUUCGUAAACCAUGGAAAGGAGGAGAAGAAGGCAUCACCUACAACAGUCAGAAUAUCGAAACCAACAAGAUUCCCUUUGAACUUGUCACGUUUGGAUGCAUUGAUAGCGCAAAAAACUACCUUUAUCAACCUACAGAUCACCCAGAUAUCCAAUUCAUUUUCAGCAAUGAUGAUGGUGAUACAAGUGUUUCAAGCAAUGAGGCAUGA